AUGACCAAAGACAAGUCUAAUGUUACUUGCUAUAACUACGGAAAGAAAGGGCACUAUAAGCGAGAAUGUCGAAGCCCGAAGAAAGAGUGGAAGCUAGUCCCUAGAAAAGAAAUCGCGGACAUUGACAAAACUACUAAGAAUGUUACCGAAGUAGUAGCUACGAGCUAUGAAGAUAGGGGCAGUGACACGGAUAGUUUUGGACACGAUGGUAACGGUAAAGACAAACAAGUACUAUAUUCUGAACUGGUUACUGUGAACCUAGAGAUAGGUCUUGCUAAAUAG